UCUCACUCCCCGUCCGCCGAGCUGAAUGUCCACAAUCUGAUCUCCUCAAUCUGAUCUACCAUUUCUUCUUCUCCCGAAGCUUUAAUGAGUGAAGGAUCAGGCUGCUGGAGAAGCCCAGUGUUGCAGAGGCGAAGCGCGACGUCAUGACCGUUCCCCGAGAUUACAAACACUCGCUGACGUCAUCACGUCAUUCACCUACAGCGUGUACGACAGGCGGCCAGAUGAAGAGAAGAGGACAGCGACAUGGUUCCUCAUCACGCUGUGAUGUGAUGUGAUGUGACAGUCUGCACCGCUCCUCUCUCGGGUUCCUCCUGCUGUGAUUGUGCCUCCUACCUUCCCUGAGAUGCACGCUGAGACACCAUAAUCUACAGAAAUAUUGUAACCUUCUCAGGAGGGAGAAAUGAGGAGCCCCCGGAGCUCGCUGGUCUCCUCCUGUCUCUCUGUGCUGCUCUGCUGCUGGACUGGAGCGAGCGCCUGGCAGACCCGUGACGUCAGAAAUAACAAUUCUUACAUCCUAACAAAACUCACUUCGCCACACGUCAGAAACAGAGAUGGUGAGGUUGAGCUGAAGAAGCAGGAAUACGAAACCAACUUGAGUAGCAGCAGCAGCAGCGACUUGCUCCAAGAAGGUAGUGUGUGUGCGUAUCGCGUCCUGGAGAGAGGUGAAGACAGACGGCUAUGUUUCCGACACACUCGGGUUAACUUCACCUGCCCCAGCAGCACCUGCAAGCUGGUCAGAUCACCUGGAGGUCACCUGGUCGCCAACCUGCUCUCCAACAGCACUGUGCUGCUCCAGUGGACUUACCCCAUAGUGCAAGAAAAAUCAGAACAGAUUAAAGUGAACCCAGAGAACCCUACAGAACCUGUGACAAGGUCUCCACCUGCGUCACCAAAGAGCCCCAGUGUGGGGCAGCUGGAGCCUCAGGGGGGCUUCAGGAUGAGGUGCUGGUGGAACGGCAGCUACACUCAGUUUGAGUGUGCAAGUGUGCACCUGGCCAGCGGCUGCAGGGACUAUCUCCUGAGCGAGCUCCACGAAAACGUGCCCUACCGGAUCUGCCUGCAGCCGGCGGUUUGGGACGGGCCCGGCGAGUGUGUGGAGUUCAGCACGUCACCCACAGGGAUGCAAGACAUCGUGAUCGCCAUGAUGACGGUGGGCGGAGCAAUCUGCGUGAUGCUUGUUAUCAUCUGCCUGCUAGUGGCCUACAUAACGGAGAACAUCAUGAGUCCCAACGCGCAACACACACAUGCCACGGAGCAGCACUCUCGCCAUUCACACAACACAUACCUCUGAACACACACACAAACAGCUGAAGACAUGAUUUAUUUAGAAAGUAUUUCUUUUAACCAAUCACUGCCUUCUGAUGUCAUCAACUUUUCCUCACACAUUUAUAUUAGCAGUGUAUUUUUCCUAAGUUAACUUAAUGUUCAAAAAAAUCUUCACCUGGAACUCGACAGGAAAUAAAAAUGACUGUCAUGUCACACACCCUUUUACUCUCUUGACUUCUAAAUGAAGUGGUUUUUUUGUUGUUUUAUUUGCUUUCAAUCAGAAUGCAGUUGGACAUUACUACAUGCUGCAAAGUUCUCAUUAAUUCACCGCUUUGGCUUUGUGUAUAAACUCAAACUUAUAAACUUAUAAGUAUAAACUUGUGUAUAUAAGCUCAUUGGGUAAGGUGUUUGACUACUGAUCGGAAGGUCAUUGGUUUGAAUCCCAGGUCCACCAAGUUGCCACUGCAGGGCCCCUGAGCAAGGCCCUUAACCCUCAAUUGCUCAGGUGUAUAAACUGAAAUAAAAAUGUAAGUCACUCUGGAAAACUCUGUCUGCUAAAUGCUGUAAAUGUAAAUGCACACUGAUGACAUCAGAUGGCAGUAAGUGCUUAAAUAGAAACAUUGCUCUUCACAUUCAUCUCUGUACCUACACAUACAUCUAAAAACACACACACUCCCUCCUACUGAGCUCUCAUUUCACAUACACGUUCGUGUCGUGGCACUCGAACACGAGAAAAGAGAGGCCCUGGACAAACCUUCUAACAGCCCACACACACACAUACACACACACACACACACACACACACCUAUCUCUGUGAGCUUCUGGUUACAUCCAUGGCAAAAAGAGUAUAUCAUAAUGUAAGGAGCACUGCUGCAUUUUGUGUCUUCUUUUCAUCUUGAAGCAAAAAAAACAUCUCAUUGGAAUUCUGUUUCCAUUUAUGUUCACAUAUCACAGCGAGUGUGUAUAAACACACAGAUCAGGUAGAAAAGCUUCCUUUCCUGUGACUGUGUGAACUGACAUUAACCACUGAACUGUUCACAUUAGAUCUCCAUUAGCCAGGUAGCAGUAGGAACAUGUGAUUAAAAGAAAAGGAUCCAGUUUAAGAUUAUUGUGAAAUAUAGACAUCUGAGUGACAUUACUGUCAUGAAUGUAAAGAACUUGUCUAAAAAUGCUAUUGUGGCUAAUGAAUCUAGCAUCUUUCUGCUACACCUGAUUAUAUUUUAAACUUAAAUUUGGAUUUUUUUAUUAUUCCCAUUGAGAUAUGAACAUUAGGAAAUUAAGCUGCAUGUGAAAAUUGAGGGGAAAAUGAUUGAAAGCUAACUGGAUCCUGUUUGCGUUCACUUAGCAUUAGCAACAUUAGCAUUUUAGGCAAACUUCUUAGUGCUUUUAGAGUGAAAAAGUUUGUUUUUGAAUAGUUUUCUUUUGUUUUAUUUCUGUAGGAAUUUACAGUAAUACAGUCGGAUAACACGCCAUCGUUGUGGUGGCUACAAUAAGAUUUUAUGCCUUACAAAGUUAAUAAUAUUCCGUUAUA